AUGAGUUUUCUAGCUUUGAAAGAAGAAAUUGAUCAAAAGUUCAAAGAACUCGGAUUAGCUAUGGAGUCCGCCACCGGUGAAGAGUUGCAAGUGUCAAAUUCAAAUGGCGCAGUGACUUCAGAAAGUGGAGAGCUUAUAUUUAUGUCAGCCUCAGUGAAGGCCAAUUCCAACUGCACUCGCACAGAAUUCGAAAAUGAAGACCGCUGUAGCACUGUACCAGAAUAUCGAGAUGUCAACUUGGCUACGGCUUCAACUAGCGGUAAAAAGUUUACCAUGUCAUUCAUAACAGUCGGCUUUUUCAUGUUGUUUGCUAUUAUAUCCAUCCUGGGCUUGAUAAUUACAACAUGGGCUUCUAGAUGGCUGAUGACUUUUGGCGCGACAGACCUCUGUGACAGUCUGAGUUCAACUUACACUAUACCUGAAUUCUGA